AUGCACGGUCUCCGCUUCCUAGAGAAUCCUGAGCACCUGCCUCAGCUGCGUCUCAUCGAUCUCCACACCGAAGACUUCGAUCUUCUCUCGAUCUUGACAUCGUUCACUUCCCAAGGACCACACGCCGUACCGGACCGCUUUCCCGCGCUGGAAGACGUAUUGGACGCGCGUCGACAGGCGGGGGGCCUCCAAGCGAUUUACAUACACGUCGCCGAGGAGGUCGCCCUCAUCAAGGCGGGGAGCAUCGGCCAAACCAGUUGCAAGGACCUUCAGGAGGGCACAGUCUUGGAGUCGGUGCGGCGGUUGGAGGCAGUGCGCGGUGUGGAGCUAGUGACCAAGAGCUUCGACAUCUUCUCUAUUUGA